AUGCAUUCGAAACUUCUUGUCCCAUACUUGGCGACACUGUCGAUAGUGGCCGCAAGUCCAUUGAAUAUAUUCUGUCAAAGGGCCCCAGUCGUUGGUCCAACAUGUACUAAAGAAGAAACCUCGCAGCUCAGUUGUCAUAAUACCGCACCAGUCAACAAUCUCUGCUGCUUCAAUUCCCCGGGUGGUCAGAUUCUAUUGACACAAUUUUGGAAUGCCCGACCUGAUUUUGGCCCAAAGGAAUCUUGGACAAUCCACGGUCUGUGGCCAGACAAAUGCGAUGGUACAUAUGAGAGUAACUGCGACAAAUCUCGAGAAACGAAUGAUGUUACAGCCGUUCUUAAGAAGUUCGGAAAGACCGAAACUCUGGAUUAUAUGAACAUGUAUUGGAAGAGUAAUAAUAACGACGAUGACGGUUUCUGGCAGCAUGAAUGGAACAAGCACGGCACCUGUAUGUCGACUUACGAACCAAAAUGCUACACAAACUACCAAAAAGACCAAGCAAUCGCAGACUACAUGGACAAAACUGUCGAACUCUUCAAGGGCCUAAAUACCUAUAACAUCCUCGCCGCGGCUGGUAUCCUCCCAUCAGACACUACAUCUUAUACCCUUGGAGCCCUCCAAGCCGCCGUCAAGCGUUCACCCCACGGCCAAGAAGUCGUCUUCAACUGCAAGAAUGGUAGCUUGAGGGAAGUCUGGUACCACUUCAACAUCUACGGCAGCGCUCAGAGCGGAAAGUAUGUUCCAGCUGGUAUCGUCGGAUCACCAAGUAACUGCCCAAAGACCGGGAUUAAAUACUACCCCAAGGGUGGAAGUGGAACUCCAACAACUACCACAAAGGCCACUACCACUGGCCCAGCCUCGACUCCUACGGGAACAGUCACCCCAGGAGAACCAUUCAGUGGACGUGGAUAUUUGACCGUUGAUAAGGGUGGGUGCUUGAUCUCUGCUGGGAAGUGGUACACCAAGGGAACCUGCGCCACAUACACCGCCACCGCCACCGGCAACGGCUUCACAUUGAAGAGCAGCAAGGGUAACUGUGGUAUUGUAUCUGAAGAAUUCAAAUGCGGUACCGACGUUACAUCCACUGUCUUCACUGCGUCUAGCGGAGCACUGGUUAAUGGAGGCUCCACAAGCUACUACGCUGAUGGGGAUGCCAAAGAUGGAAGUCAAGUUGGAGUAUUCACUUCUUCUGGUGGGAGACAGACGGUAUUGACCAUCACUUGGCUGGCAAUUUAG